AUGUUGGUUGCUAGGGUUUGGGGAUUGGAAACUGUUACUGCUUCUACUAGAUUGAUCAGCACGGUCAGACUGAUUCAUAUACGUUCAGCGAAGACACGUACGGUUCCAAAGAGUCUACCUUGUUUGAGCCAAGGAACUUUUCUAGGAGAGGAGUUGAAACUGACAAGUGGGUACUAUUAUAUCAAAACCUUAGAUAAUGCGAUUGUUUUGUUCGAUGACAUGGUUAGAUCUCUUCCCUUCCCAUCCGUGAUUGAUAUUAAUAAAGUAAUGGGUGUCAUUGUCAGAAUGAAUCGUCCCGAUGUUGUGAUUUCUCUAUAUAGGAAGAUUGAAAUGCUACCUUGUAAUAUCUUCAGCUUCAAUAUUCUGAUCAAAUGUUUCUGCAGCUGUCAUGAGUUGUCUUUUGGUCUGUCUACAUUGGGAAAGGUCAUAAAACUUGGUUUCCAGCCUAAUGUGGUUACGUUUAGCACACUUCUCCACGGGUUCUGUCUCGAAGAUAGGGUUUCUGAAGCUGUAGCUUUAUUUGAUCAUAUGGUUGAAACGAGAUUAACACCCAACGUCGUGACGUUUACCACACUUAUGAACGGUCUUUGCCACGAUGGUCGAGUUCUUGAAGCAGUAGCUCUGCUUGGUCGUAUGUUAGCAAUUGGUCAUGAACCUAACGCGGUUACUUACAGAACAAUUGUAAAUGGAAUGUGUAAGAUGGGGGACACUGACUCUGCCUUGAAUCUGCUUAGGAAGAUGGAUGACAGCCACAUCAAAGCCAAUUUUUUACUCUAUAAUCCCAUCAUUGAUCGUCUUUGCAAAGAUGGACAUCAUAGUGAUGCUCAAAAUCUUUUCACUGAAAUGCUUGAGAAAGGCUUUUUCCCAAAUGUGGUUACCUACACCUGUAUGAUAGACUCUUUUUGUAGAUCUGGUAGAUGGAGCGAUGCUCAAAGAUUGUUGCGUGAUAUGAUUGAAAGGCAAAUCAAUCCUGAUAUUUUCACUUUCAAUGCAUUGAUCAAUGCAUAUGUCAAAGAAGGGAAGUUCAUUGAGGCUCAAGAAUUAUACGAGGAUAUGCUCUGUAGUGGUGUAAUUCCUAAUACAAUCACCUAUAACUCAAUGGUCGAUGGGUUUUGUAAACAUAACCGUCUGGAUGAUGCUAAGCGCAUGUUUGAUUUGAUGGCUAGCAAGGGCUGCUAUCCUAACGUAGUCACUUUUAAUAGUCUCAUUGACGGAUGUUGUAGAGUUAAAAGGGUAGAUGAUGGAAUGAAACUUCUCCGUGAAAUGUUGAGAAGAGGACUAGUUGCUGAUACUAUUUCUUACAACACUCUAAUUCACGGGUUCUGUCGAGUGGGAAAUCUUAAGAUGGCCCAAGACCUUUUCCAGGAGAUGAUUUCUCAAGGUGUGUACCCUGAUACCAUAACUUGUAACACUUUGCUGUAUGGUUUUUGUGAAAAUGGACAGCUAGAAGAAGCUUUGGAAAUGUUUGAGGUUAUCCAAAAGAGUAAGAUUGAUCUUGAUACUGUUACUUAUAACAUCAUCAUCCAUGGAAUGUGCAAGGGUAGUAAGGUGGACGAAGCAUGGGACUUAUUUUGUAUUCUCCCCAUCGAUGGUGUGGAGCCUGAUGUUCAAACUUACAAUACAAUGAUAUAUGGGUUUUGUAUGAAAGGUACAAUUUCAGAAGCAAAUGCGUUAUUCCGUAAAAUGAAGGACAAUGGACCUGUACCAUGUGACUGCACUUACAAUACACUAAUCAGGGGAUGCCUUAGAGCUGGUGAGAUAGCUGCAUCAGGUGAACUUUUCAGGGAGAUGCGAAGCAACGGGUUGAAUGGUGAUGCAUCCACCGUGAAACUGGUUGCUGAUAUGAUAUCAGAUGGUAGAUUGGACAAGAGCUUUUUUGAUAUGCUGUCUUAGUGUUUCUUGUGAAGAGUGACUGUCUUGAUUUAGUUUUUAUAUGGUAUGUCUUACUUGUGCCUUGGUUGUAACAUGUGGGAGGAUUUUGCAGAGGUUUCAGGUUCUGUGAUUUCUCAAAAUGGUGAAAGUGUCUCUGAAGAUACAUUCACUUGGUUAGUAAAAUUUGAUAUA